AAAAAAAAAUUCCCCAUCCAAACCCGAGGAGCGUAAGCGAAAUUUCUGGGAGCUUGAUAGUUCUCUUCGCGGCACCGCAUAUAUAUACGGGGCUAUGCUUGGCUUGACUCGCACGAAGAAGCAAGAAGAGCAACAGUCUCUGCGUUGCGCUUUUCAAUUCUCUGCUUUCUGGGUUCCCUCUCUUCUCCUCGUAUCGGACAAUGGUGAAAUCCGGCGAUGGCAGCGGCGGCUCUCCCGCGAUCGCUCCUUUUUUGAAAAAAUGCUACGAUAUGGUGGACGAGGAGUCUACAAACUCUAUUGUCUCUUGGUCUCCGAGCAACGACAGCUUCAUUAUUUGGGAUAUGACUGAAUUCUCCGUCAAAUUGCUCCCGGAAUACUUCAAACACAGCAAUUCCUCUAGCUUCGUCAGGCAGCUCAAUAUCUAUGUGGGGAUUUAGGAAAAUUGAUCCGGACCGAUGGGAAUUUGCCAAUGAUGGGUUUGUCAAAGGUGAAAAGCAUUUGCUAAAAAAUAUUUCCAGAAGAAAAAAUCCUCAAGGGUCAAGCAAUCGUAGGGAAGCUGUGCAGGGACCAGAGAAGUCUGUUGCUGAGCAACAUGCUGUGGAAGUUGAGAAGGUAGACCUCUGCAAGGAAAUUGAAAAUCUUAAGAUUGACAGAAAUGCUGUGACACAGGAGCUGGUUAAACUCAGACAACAUCAGGAAACUGCAGAUAAGAAGCUGCUCCUGUUGAGGGACCGGCUAAAAGGGAUGGAAACAAAUCAGGAGCAGAUGCUUUCCUUCUUAGUACUGGUCAUGCAACAUCCCGGUUUUGUGGUUCAGCUACUUAACCCUAAAGAGAAUGGCUGGAGGAUGGCUGAACCUGGUAGCAUAAUAGAGCAAGGUGCAGAUGAGAACGAGUCAUUAGUUUCUGAUGGAAGGAUAGUGAGAUACCAGCCGACGACAGAUAAUGUGGACACACGUGUGCAUCAUGGACCCUCAUACGUUGAGGGACGACAAGAUGAAUCAGAGUUGUCAUGUAGUGAUUGGAUGAAUGAUUUUUCAAUAAGUCCUGAUUUCAUGAAGUUGCUUUCCGAAGAGACCUUUGCUACAGAGAAUAAUCACAGCCCAUUCGUUAUGCCGGAAAUUCAUGAAGGUACUUCGUGGGAGCAGCUUCUCCUCGGCACUUGUUCCUCGGUUAAUAAUCCUGAAAUCAAGAGUGACGGCGAAGAGGCUGAUGAUGAUUGUGAACUUGAAAUGGGAAGAACAUUGCCUAACACACUGAUGGAUGCUGAGCUUUUGGAAGAGCAAAUGGAAGAAUUUAUGAGAGUGGAGGGAGUUCAUUUGGAAGAAUAAAUGUGUCUUUUGGCUUAUGAAAGUAGCCAUUAGGAGGGGAGUGAAAGAGUGGAAUUGCCUUGCAGAGGCUCUAUGUCCAUAUAUUAUAUAAAGUGUUCAGUCAGAAAUGACCAGGCAGGUCAACCCUGUUUUGAGAAGUGAACAGAAACUGCAGAAUGCACUUGCAAGGGCUGUGUUGAAAAAAUGUUUUUCUCAUUGAAGGUAUCAUAUUCGAUUCCUACACACUACUUGCUACUUCGACCAUAUGGCAGCGAUCUUGUAUUUCUAGUGAGACACUAUGGUUCGAAAAGUGAAAACAAGAUUCAGUUUUGUGCGGCAGCUAGGUGCAGAUACAGAAUUCUUCGCUCUGGAAAUCUAUGAGCUUUCCAUAUUCCUUGUCAUGUUAUUGCAAACAAGUAUGAAUACUAAUUUUGAAGGUUGAAUCUUAGGAUGGCCUG